AUGACUACACGACAGAGGAUGCCGAGUACUCCUGAUAUCAUGGACAGGACGGCAAACUCUCCUUCCUUCAGAAAGAGCGUGGGCUCCUCGGCUGUAUCGGGAUCAUCAUUUCUUGCCGCCUUGCAAAAUCCAGAUUUCGCGAAUGAUUUGAAGGAUGCUAUGCCUCGACGUCCUUACGAUGCGCCGGGAUCGCCCUCUGCUACCGCAAAAACCAAAUUCCAGAAACUCGUAAAGAGAUAUUAUUAUCAAUUAACGAUCGGAUGUGGAGAUCCAACAUGUCCUCAUCGACUAUGUGCCUCAUGUCGAAAUGGUGCCCGACUAAACUCAGAUGCUGCUGCUAUUCUCGCUGUGCAACUGGCUUCGAGACCACGUAGAUUCUUUUGUCCACGGUGUCCUACGGAACCCGAUAUAACUCUCGAUGCCUCCAUACUCGCUUCCCCGUCACCCAGUACAACAAAUAGUCCAGCAGCCAGUCCAAAACCAGGACGUCGAGUAUUCUCUACUGACGGAGCCAGUGGUAUGACAACAAUGCCGGGCAUGAUCCAUAAUCACAGUAAUAGUAGUAGUAGCGGUAGUAGUGUUGGUGGAAUAGGGAGUGCAUCUGCAACAAGACCGUUUUUAUAUUCGUUAUUAUCAUCAUCGCCCUUCCAAUCCCUGUUUGCACCAGAACCAGCCACUCUGAGGAAAUCCUCAGCAGCAGCACACUCCUUAUCAUCACUACCAAAAACAAGCCAAGACUUGUUUGGUGACUUUGACGAUGAAAAUAAUAGUGCCAUGUCACCAAUAUCACCUAUGUCGCCCAUGUCUCCUAUAACACGUCAACGAAGAAUAUCUGAAGUAUCACAGAUAUCAGAAGAAUCUGCAAUCACUUCAGGAUUCAUGAGUGGUAUACGAGCAUUGACCAAAUACGCAACGGGCACUACUGAAUCAUCCGGGAAAAGCAAAUCUCUCAUGGAUUUACCAUCCCUCUUUUCUGCAACAGUCGGAUUCAUAACCUCAUCAAACGGUCUAGAACAAGCCGCACCCAUAAUAGAUUCGAUAUCUCCACCAGAGUCCGGUGCUUGUACACCAGUGUCACGCGCAGGAAUGUAUAGAUCGAUAAGUGGCAAGUCGCCAUUGCGAUCGUUUACCUCCAUGGAGUCCUUAUAUAUAGACGACGACGAUCAAAUAUUAGAAUUAGACAGGCCUGUACCUGAACGACAAGUCAGUUUGGGGUACCUGACGUUGCCCUUGUUGAGACAAGCUAUUGCUGCUUGUGUAUCAACAGAACGCCAGGAAGAUGUAGAAAUCGAUUAUCAGUUAGUGCUGAAUACUGUGAGAACAGUGUUUUCAAGUAGUACGGCUUUAUCAAAGUCGUUUCUGGUUGAAACAACAUCAACGAAUCCACACCCAUCAGGAUUGGACAUACUGUCAAUUCGAGUAGCAUACAAGGAGAUUUUGGAAUUGGCACCUAGUGAAUCCUUCGCUAUGGUUUUGGUCAAUGCUACAGAAUUGCUCCUGGCCAAGAUUGAGUUGAAUUCGAAGCGUUUAUCCUCAUCCAUACCUUCAACUUUACGGCAGCUGAUUAUCGUUCUUGAGAAUCCUCUUAUCUCAGAUCAAAAUUAUCACGAGACCUUGCUGAAGAAGCUCUGUAUCAUUUUUGGUAGACUCAGAAGUGGAGUGAGGAGCGUGUUGACUCAAUGGCUCUCAAAGUACGAUGCUGAAGGCCUGAUUGCUUUAGCAGCAGUCUUCCACAAAUACAUUGAGUGUCAUUUUGUCUCUGCCUCCAGACCAGACGAGGCUUUAGUCGGAUGUAUAAAAUGUCUAGAUUUGCUAUCUCAAGCCAACAGUACCUCAUGUCUCGUACCCAUGUCGACAUUCUACUCCGACACACUGGCGCGUAAACUCAACUAUAAAGAAGAGUACAAGCUAUGGGAAAAAGGAUGGUUUAGGAAAUCGGGAGUAACUCACAACUUCCAUUCUCGCCAACACUUCCAAUACCACGGCCAACAAUCCACGUGGUCAAAUAAUCACUCAACAACACCUGUAUCGACUACUAGAGGCCCAAUCGGUGUCAGCCCAUUCGCCGUCACAUCCACAAAACUGCCAUUUGCUCCCACGGCAUCAGAGUUUUGUUACUUUGAUCAUUCGAUAUUGUUUGAUCCCGCUUCAAAGACUCGGAUACUUCAUAUUGAUGCCAUGGUGCAAAUGUCUGCUGAAUUUGAAGACGCGUUUGUGAAUCAGGCGCUUGUGCUUCAUACGCAACGAUUCUUGCAGGAUUCGUCGACGGAUGCUAGUAGAGAGCAGGGGUUGAAGCAAGCCACUAAUCCGUAUUUGGUGCUGGAAGUUAGAAGGGAGAAGCUGGUACAGGAUGCACUGGAUCAGAUUCGUAAAAACGAAGCUCAUCUAAAGAGACCUUUCCGAAUAAAAUUCGUCAAUGGUGGAGAAGAAGGAAUGGAUCAAGGAGGAGUCCAAAAGGAAUUCUUCCAAGUGCUAUGCAGUCAGUUACUCGAUCCAGCGUAUGGCAUGUUUACUCAAGAUGAAGAGACGAGGCUGGUUUGGAUUAACGGCUCGUCUUUGGAAUCUGAAGCACAGUUUGAGCUUGUUGGAACCGUUAUUGGAUUGGCUCUGUAUAAUGGUGUUAUUUUGGGAGUGUCGUUUCCUACCUUCUUGUAUAAAAAGCUGUUGGAUGAGAGUGUGGGAUUGGAGGAUAUCAAGCAAGCUUUUCCUGCAUUGGGUCGUGGUCUUCAACAAUUGUUGGAUUGGUCUGAUGGUGAUGUCGGUGACGUCUUUUUACGAACAUUUGAGAUAUCAUAUGACGUCUAUGGCCAAGUCAGGAAUAUUCCAUUGGUUGAUGGAGGAGUUGAUAUUCUAGUCACCAAUGAGAAUCGUCAAAAAUACGUUGAUUUGUACAUACGACACCUGAUUGGCGAAUCAGUCAAGAGACAAUUUGGUGCGUUCAAACGAGGAUUCUUGAAAGUCUGUGGUGGAGAUGCACUACGAAUGUGUCGAGCUGAAGAAUUGGAAUUGCUUGUUUGUGGGUCUGAGACUACAGAACUGGACUUUACUGAUUUGGAAAAUGCUGCGGAGUACGAUGAUGGGUAUCAUCCAAAGCAUCCCACUAUCGAAGCAUUCUGGUCAAUAGUUCAUUCAUUCAGUCUCCUACAAAAGCGUCUCCUCUUGACCUUUGUAACGGCCUCUGACCGAGUCCCCGUGAAAGGAUUGGGGCAUGUGAAAUUCGUAAUCCAACGAAAUGGACCAGACACUGAACGUCUACCGACUGCUUUGACUUGCUUUGGUAGAUUGCUGCUUCCAGAGUAUUCUGAUCGUGAAAAGAUGAAGGAGAGGUUGGUUACUGCUAUAGAGAAUGCUCGUGGUUUUGGAUUGGUGUAG